ACUUUGAAUUUUUUUAUGAAUGAUGAAGCUAUGAUGCGAAAGACAACUAUACGGCAGCGCAACUCUUUGCUACUAUUUUCGAUAUUGGCAUUUGGUUUUGUAAAUAUUGCUUCUGGUCAAUCCAACUAUGCCUCACAUGCUAACAAUGUGGAGUACCAGGGAGAAGGGUUGCCUGAAGAAGCGACCCUGGAUGGAAAGGUUACGAAACUAGAUGACUUAAGUCCGAUCAUAUUCUUAAAUCGAACGAAAGCUGUUUUGAAUUGCGGAGCAGGUUCCAUGCAGGUGGAUUUGAAAUUCAACGAACGAUUUUAUGGAAUCGCAUAUGCAGACUUUGAUCGAAAUAGUGCCUGUCAAGUACUCGGCAAAGGAGACCACAGCUACCGUUUGGAAUUACCACUCAAGGGAUGUGGAACAAAACAGGAUCCACAACGUGUUUUCACAAACAAUAUUGUUGUACGGUUUCAUCCUGGUCUAGAAAUGGACGGUGAUGAGAUUAUAACUAUAGUAUGUCGUUACCCUCCGCCGGUUGCACCAAUUCCAGCUGGUUUACCUGCUCCUAUUUUGAACGCCGUAGUUCCUGCUUCCGUUGUCGAGCCUCCACUGAAAGGAAUUCAAAUUCUUAUGAUUAUUUGCGCAAUUAUGUUCCUAACUUUACUUCUUCUUGGACUUGGAGUGUCGUACUAUUGUUUGAGACGCCGGCCAAUUCCGGUGGUACGUCGUCUGCCAAUGUCCAUGGGAAGUGGAUCAGAAAUCACCAAAUUGAGCGGUAGUAGUUUAGGCAACAUCUCUGCAUUUGAAGGUCUGAAAAUUCCGCGUGCGCAUGCACCUUUGGCGGUUGUCCAUAGUUCAUCUGGAAGUGAUGGCCCAUUAAUCUCAGACACUAUUCCGUCAGAUUAUCCCAGUGAAUCUCAUUCAGAGAUUGAAGAAAUUGAUACACGGUCAUUGCCAGCUAGCUCAGCCGGAAGCUAUGAAAACCGUGCGUUUGUUCAAGAAACUUCCAGCUUAUAUAGUGAAAACUAUGGCCAUACUCAAGAAUUCCAGGCUGCAAACGCUAUUGCUCAAGCUUCUAUGGUUCCUCGCCAUCCAAUUGCUGUCAAAGAGAGUUCACCGCAAUUCGAUGUUCAAGUCCGCGUUAAACGGGCUCCGCCAUUGCCACCAUCUCCUAUGACUUCAGAUACAGAAAGUGUUGCUACCAGUCGUCAUGAUCGUAACAAUCUUUCCACAAUUAUGGAAAGUCAUGAAGAUCGCGAGAGUGUUAUUACAAUGGAUUCACUGCCACAGGAUGUUGCUCACAGUCAGUUUACUUAUAUUCCAGAGUUACAUGCUGCGCCUAAGCUAGAUACUCCACCAGAGCCUGGUUUCGCUAGGGUUGAAAGGAAAGAACAGACUGAGGUGCGUCACCGCUGGCCAGUCGACUUCGCCGAGCCCCCACCAGUCAGUGAAACCCGCAGUCUUGUAUCAUUGGGCACCGAAAUGACUGAUACGCAUUCAGUUAGCGAAAUGUUGGAUACAUCGCAUCUCUAUCCAAUGCCAUACCAUACCAGUGUUGACAUUGAGCAAGUAAUUGAGCCACCAAUUGUUGUUAAGAAGCCACAAAUUUCAUCUCAUACCGUGGAUGAUGUUUUCUUACGCACUAUCACCGAGAAGAAAACGAUUGAAGACAUCGAGAGCCAUAAACGCCGCGUCACUGAAUAUAAGGCGAAACCAAUACCAGAUCCUACAUGGGACGUUACCAUUCGCAAUUACCCCACCGAGGAUCAGAUCCAGAACCGAUGGGAGAACUUCUCAGACAUCUCCAGUGCAUCCGGAAUGACACUUACUCCAAAAAUGGAGCGCGCUUCACUAAGUUUACCACCAGCUCAAUACAUCAGCGAAAGCGGAGAGAAACUCACCAGUCCUGAACUCGUAGGAAAUAUGAAGCCAAUUGAAAUUCCACCACAGGAUAGGGCUGUUCCUAACUGGGAUAUCUUGAUUCGUGUUCUUGAGAACGCGGAUAUGCCUGAAGUUGACGACACAAGUUCAGUUCACUCUUCAGUGUACCCGCUAACUAGACAACUUAGCUACGAGGACAAGACAAAGUGGAAGGAAAUCAUAACCACGCAAUCGACCUUGCGUACUAUGCUUUCGGAAGCAGUUGUGCGAGAAGAUUUUGAACGUAUCCGCAACGACAUCCGUUAUGAACGUAUCUUCGAACCACAAACCUGGGACGUACUGAUUCGAAUUUUAGCUCCACCAGAGGACGAUGUCGAUGGCCGCGUAAUUCGUCGUAACAAAAAUAAGAAGGAAGCAUGGGAUACUCGUUCUCGUCGCAGCUCGCUGCCAACUCUUUACGAAUAUGACAGUGAUGGAGGUUCCAGCGUACGAACAAUUCGUAAUGAUCCCAUGCCAAGUACGAGCGGUGGCUACCAACAGCAUCCGCGAUCACGGCGUACUUCACGAUCAUCGUACCGAUCUGACAAUGUUGACAUGCGGUCCAUGUCUGAAAUGACGGUUGAUUUCGGUCGCCCCGAUCACUUCGAUAACAUUUCAGAGGGUAGCUCAAUCUUCCCUCAACGCUAUUAUGACGAAGAAGGGUAUGAAGGCAGAUCAGUACAACGAUCGUUGAGUCAUCCAAGUCUUGCAAGAUCGGCUAGUGAGUUCACAGAACAUUGGAUCGCUCCUGAAGGAUCAGACAUGUCAUCGCCCGAUACUACACCACGUGCUCGACGAUCACAGCGAGUUUUGACAACAUUCCAAUCACGCCCCGUUCAGGCACCUGCUCCACCGACGCGGAAUCGACGUGGAAGUGGUAGUACCCAGGUUGUCACCCAAACACAAUAUGUCGAAUCGCGUGUAAGUACUUUCCAAACGGACGACGGGGAUAAGAGGCCACGCGAAUGGUGAAUACCGAAAUAACCAAACUCCCUACGAGUGACUGAAAAGGACAGUUGGAGAGAAAAAGAGUGUAAAUUUUACUAUUACUAAAAGUUGUCACAAGAAUAAUGACCAUUGCGAAAGUGAGUUUUAAGUAAAAGCAGUUAGCUCAGUAGGGAAUACUAUUUUUGUGUUAUCUUAGAAGCAUCCAUUGCUACUCGAAGAGAGCCUGAACGCUACAGCACUGCCUGUGGGUCGAAAUCAAUUGAAAUUGUUUAAAUAAGUGAAAUAUGCAAAAUGAUUCCAUAUCGCUUGAACAUUAACCAGAAAUAUAACACUAAGUGCCAAUACUUUUUAACUGUUAUUAUGAUAUUUGUAUUUCUAUUUUAAAGUACUACCAAUAUUAAUUUUAAUCAAUAAAAUCAAAAUCUUUUUAGCAAUAAGGUCCUCGCAAAUUGUCUGUCUGCGAUCAAAUUUUACCUAAACAGGCCAAGAUUAAAGUAUGCUGACUCAGCCCUUAAUUAUGAAGACAGUAUUUCCUUGACCUUCUUCUGAAACUGACUUUCUGAAAGUCCCGCCUAAUGUGAGAUAGUUUUUCUACCAUUUUCCAGGAACGUUAGGUGGUGGUAGCAGGCAGACAAUUGCUAUAUACAACUAUUCAAAUUACUAUUUCUUAUCUCACCUUGCCCCGUUUAAAAUACCAUGAGAUAAAUGUGAUAGUAAUCAAUGAUUGGAUGAUUCAUUUGUUUUCAUUAUUCCACGAUAGGUUCAAUGGUUUUAGGAAUUUAGUUAGUGCUGGCCUUUGUGGAAAGCUGCAAACGAAUGAAGGUUUUUAACUUUUAUGAAAUUAAUGUAUCUUAACUUUAUGAAUCCAAGGUUGAAACAACUUAUGAGUUGCUACAAAAGGUCGGAAAGAGAAGGUUAGGGUAUAUUUUUUCCCGCAAUACAAACGUCGAAAUCAAUGAUUCUAGCCCCUAUUUCCUCCUAAGCUGCAAGCAGAACUGUAGAGUUGAAAGUACUAUUUUAACUACAAUUUGAACACAUAAAGUCGUAAUGAGAAGACGUGGGUGAUAAAGAUGCGAGUAAGUUUUUAGCUACCGCGACCCGGUGGAGGGACACCAGUUCUAACACAAACAAGUAUUUAAGCCAUCCGAAAAAUAAAUAUAAGCGUUCUUAUCUUUCAUAUCAUAUGAAAUUUCUCCAUACAUAAACAUUCCAGAAUAUUUGACCAAUUUUACUUUCGGGGCCUUUAGCGUAAGUCAAACACAUUCUCAACUCAGUUUCGUCUUGCACAAUUCGUAAAAAUAAUUUGUGUACAUAUUGUUCUUUGAAAAUUUAUUAUUAGAUUCUCCAGUGAUUACGAUGUAAUAAGUAUCAUAUCAAAUUUUAUAAUUUUUUAUUGUAAAUUCGAAAUUUGAAUGAAUUCGGUGCAAAAGAAAGAAACAAAAAAUAAUCAAAUCGUAAAAAUGAGAUUUCUUUAAUUAUGUAUUUCAUAAAUUCUAAAUAUUUCUACCAAUUACGAAAUAGUUCGCUUAAAUUCUUAAGGAUUUAAAUGAUGAUAAAAUGUGUAUAAAAUAAUAUUACAAACGCUUCUACACAAAUUAACAAAUAAAGGAAAUAUUCGACUAACAUCAA